AUGUCGCAUUUUAUGUUGUAGUUCUUCUGCUGACCAACCAAACCAACGCUAUUGAACUUGAGGGAUAAUAUAUUUUAACCUUUUUAGCUAUUUAACAAUAGAUGAGGCAAGUCAGUACAAAUAAAGGAUAGAGAAUGCAGACAUGGAAAACAUUAAAGCUGAACUACAGGAUGAACUUAUAAUAAAAGACGAAAUAGAUGAGGAUGUGGAAGUAAAAUACGAUGAGGAACUAAACGACUGCCUCACCCAAGAAGAGUUUAGCAUAAAUCAAGAGUAUGACUGUUACAAAAGUGCUACGUCUCGACUCAUCAAACACCUUCAACCGCCGGAUAACGUCACUUGGACAAAUGACGAAUGUAGUGAUUUUUCGUCAGCAAACACUUCACAAUUUAAAUGCUCGCACUGUAACUUCUUCACGCAGAGAAAAUCAAGUUUUACGAAUCAUCUCAAGUGGUGUGGUUUGCGAGAAUUUAGUUGUCAACAGUGUGACUUUAAGACGACAUUACGGGAGUCUUUGUACCGCCAUGUGAGAGUGUGCCGUGGUGUAGAGAAAUUCAGCUGUUGGCAGUGCAGCCCCAUGACAAAGACAAAAAGCAGUUUGAUCUCGCACAUGAACUGUUGUCAUGAUGUGGAUGACUGUGAUUGUGAACAGUGCAAUUUCACCACAAAAAAUAAAUCAAACUUAUACAAUCAUGUGGGACGAUGUCACGAUCUGGAAAAAUUGAGUUGUGAACAGUGUAGUUUCACCACAAAUUCUCAAAUGGACCUGCACAACCAUGUCAAGAGCUGUCAAAAUGUGGAAGAAUUCACUUGUGACCUGUGCACCUUUAUCACGAAAAGAAAAUCAAGCUUCACACUACAUCUGAAAGGAUGUCGCGGUGUUGAAGUGUUGAGUUGUGAACAAUGCAAUUUCAGCACAAAUUCUCAAAGGGACCUACACAAGCAUAUCAAGGAGAGUCACAAUGCGGAAGAAUUCGCCUGUGACCUGUGUACUUUUAUCACGAAAAGAAAAUCAAGCUUUACAGCACAUGUGAAAGGAUGUCGCGGUAUCAAAGAGUUUAGUUGUGGGCAGUGCAGUUAUACCACAAACUCAAAAUCACAUUUCACCAAGCACUUCAAUGGCUGUCACGGACAGCAAGAAUUUAAUUGUGAACAGUGCAAUUUCGUGACAAAAUGGAAAUUUAAAUUUAUCACGCACGUGAAAACCUGCAUCGGUCCCAAAGUUUUCAAUUGUGAACAGUGCUGUUUCACGACAUACUCUAAAAAAGACCUCCGCCAACAUGUUAAAGGGAAUCAUGACAGCGUGGAAGAAUUGUCCUGUGGGCUGUGCACUUUCGUAACUAAAAGAAAAUCAAGUUUCACCGCACAUGUGAAAGGAUGCAGUGGUGUUAAACAGUUGAGUUGUUAUCAGUGCAGAUUCACCACAACAAGAAAAGAAACUUUCACCAAGCACAUGCAAGGCUGUCACGGACUGCAAGAAUUCCAUUGUGGACAAUGUGACUUCGUGACGAAACGGAAAUCGAGUUUCGUCAAGCACGUGAACGAACGUUGCGGUGCGUCCGAUUUUAAGUGUAAACAGUGCAGCUUCACUACGAAGUUACAAAAGUCUUUACAGCACCAUAUGAAAGGGUGCACCGGUGUGGAGGAGUUUAGGUGUGAAGAUUGCGAUUUCACCACGAAAAGGAAAUCAAGUUUCACGUCACAUGUAAAAGGGUAUCAUAUGCGAAGGGAAUUUGGUUUAAAUAUAACAUCACAAGUGUAAUUAGUACUUAGGAUCUUUGUCGUUAAGUAAAAAGAACCAAUUCAAUUAAAAAUACAAAAAAUUA